GCUUUCGGAAAUUCGGAAUAUAAUGAUUGAAUGGAUAGGCUGUUUGAUUGUGAAUUUGUGAAACGACAUUUUAUUCCAGUGACCUGACACAGUUUUAUUGGAUCCAUAGAAAUGAAGAAUAGACCGUUGUAAUGACUACUGAAAACCCAUAGGACGAUACAAGUUGGAGCAGUUUUUGGUGUAUUUUUAUUCUUGUCCCAUACUUGAAGUUGAACUUUAGAGAUUUUUGCGAUAGAGAUGCUGCAAGGCGAAUUCUGGUCACUGCUGUGCAGAGGUCGUAAGAAAAAAAUUAUAACUUUAAUAAUAAUAUUGAUAUUUUUAAUAAACGCGAUGUUGUAUGUCAGUAUGGAAUUAUACAAUACCAUAAGAAGAAACCGUGAAGAUUGGAGUAAAAAUUGGCAAAAUGAACAGUCAAACACGGAGAAAGGGGGCAUGAGAGUAAUAGUUGGGCACUAUAUUGGAGGCUUUGGUAAAGGCAACUUAUCUGAUGAUAUAAUAAAUAGUAAUAACUAUGCGCCAGUCAAAGGUGCCGGAGAAGGCGGCAGGCCAGUGCAGUUGGCUCAGCGGGAGCUUAUCACAGCAAGGGAAUUGUAUCAACUGCACUCCUAUAAUAUUCUAGUCAGCGACAAAAUAUCCAUCAACAGAAGUUUGCCAGACAUGAGAAGUGACAGUUGUAAGAGUGUGGAAUUCAACCUAGAUAACCUGCCGACGGCGACCGUCAUCAUAGUGUUCCACAAUGAGGCGUGGUCCACUCUGAUGCGUACCAUUAUGUCAGUUAUCAUGAGGUCACCUAAGCAGCUGAUGAAACAGAUUAUCUUAGUAGACGACGCCAGUGAGAGAAGGUACCUAGGGAAAGAGUUGGACGAUGCCAUAGUCAAUUUGGAUAAAGUGGAGAUUAUUCGCAUGAAAGAACGCAAAGGGUUGGUGGGGGCUCGGCUGUUGGGAGCCAGGAAGGCAGAAGGAGACGUGUUGGUGUUUUUAGAUGCUCAUUGUGAGGUAACCCAAGGUUGGCUCGAGCCCCUCCUCGAUCGGGCGGGAAGCGAUGACGUCUUCAUAUGCCCGCACAUAGACCUCCUAUCCGAAGACACCUUAGCUUACACCAAGAGCAUCGACGCGCACUGGGGCGCUUUCAGCUGGAAUCUAUUCUUCCGCUGGCUCAACCCCAGUGCCGAAGUCAUGGCUCAGAAGGCAGAAAACCCUUCCAAACCUUACCCCACACCGGCGAUGGCUGGUGGACUUUUCGCAGUCAGGAAAAGCCUCUUCUGGCGCUUAGGAGGAUACGAUGAAGGUAUGCUUAUUUGGGGAGCCGAAAACUUGGAGCUCUCAUGGCGAGCGUGGCAGUGCGGCGCUAGAGUAGAAAUCACACCAUGCUCUCGAGUAGGCCACAUUUUUAGACGACACAGUCCUUAUAAAUAUCCAGGAGGCGUUAGUAAAGUUUUAAAUGUUAAUUUAGCUCGCGCAGCCACUGUGUGGAUGGACGAGUGGGCAGAUUUCUUUUUUAAAUUCAAUCCUAACAUAGCGGCGAUACGCGACCAACAGACCGUGUAUUCAAGGGUAGAGUUGCGGAAGAAUUUGAAGUGUAAAAGUUUUAAAUGGUAUUUGGAUAAUGUGUGGCCUCAGAAUUUCUUUCCGAGUGACGAGAGAUGGUUUGGUAAGAUUAGGAGCGAUCUUGGUCCUUGUUUAGCGGUGCCGGAGCAGACGACGGGGCUCGCUGUACCAGCGAAGGGAGUGCCCUGUGGGAUCGACGAUGGAAGUUGGGACACGAUGGUCGUUUACACUCCCGAGGGCAAGAUUAUGGGUGAUGAGAAUUUGUGUUUAGAGCGAACCGAGGGUCGCGCCAUGUGGAAGGCUUGUAAAGAAACGCCGAAGCAGAUUUGGGAGCAGAAGGGGCCUAGGUUAAAAACAAAAGACGGUCUGUGCUUAUCGUUAGCGUUGAUCGAUAAACAAGCAGAUGGUUUUAGUGAUAUCAUCUCAACGAAGAAGUGUCGCGACAAAAUGCGUGACGCGGCGACAACGCAACAGAUCUGGCAUUUUGACCGAGUGCCUUGGCGGUAAAUGUGAUAUUAAAAGUAUGUACUUAAAUAAAAUUAUAAGUACAAUGUAAUUAAGAAUCUCAUUAUUUGUUUUUUCGUUUUCUCUCUUCGUACUUUUAUACAUGGUUUUUAUAUUUAAUGUUUAUAAGUUUAGUAACUGAACAAUUACUAUAGUUUUAUGUUUUAGAUUAUUUUUAGGUAAUCUAUUUUUGACAUUCCAUUGUAUAAAAACUAGUAUUAAAUGUAUACUAUUAUUUAGAUACUCUUUUGCCGAUGUGUAAAAUAAGUACAGUAGAUUUGUGUAAUACAUAUAGCGAUUUAUCACA